AUGGCAGGCCCAGGUGAACGUUUUCAUGUUCUGGCCCAAUUGGAGCAUCUUCAAUCGAAGUUUACUGGAUGUGGGCAUGCUGAUUUCAAUCGUUAUGAAUGGCUAACUAAUCAACAUCGGGACACUCGUGCUUCACAUUUGAGCCAUCCAGGAAUGUGCUCCUUCGUUUCCAUCAUUGAAAACGAGUCAAUUGCCAGAACAAGAUUCAAUCUCAUCAACAGAAUGAUACAGCCUUGUGGUGUACCACCGGAGAAGUCUCCUUUGGACGAAUAG